AUGGCUCGGGAGGAAGCGCAGCUGAGUGCGGCCAAGAAGUCGUAUCGAAACGCUAAGGCUACGGGGAACCACGAGGAGGAGGCUCGGUGGGCGAAUGUGAUCGGUGACAUGUUGAAGAAGAGAGGGGAAUACGUGGAGGCCCUCAAGUGGCUGCGUAUCGACUACGACGUCUCCGUCAAGUACUUGCCCCAAAAACAUUGCCUCCCCACUUGUCAGUCACUCGGUGAGCUCUAUCUUCGCCUUGAGUUUUACAAAGAUGCUCUUCUGUAUCAGAAAAAACAUUUAGAGCUCGCUGAGGAUGCCAAUAAUCUCAUUGAGCAGCAAAGGGCCAAUACACAACUAGGUCGUACCUACCAUGAAAUGUUUUUAAGGUCUGACGAUGACCAUUAUUCGGUUCAGAAUGCCAAAAAGUAUUUCAAGUCUGCUAUGAAGCUUGCACAGAUUAUCAAGGAAAAUCCACCUACUAAGAAUUGUUCUUUCCUCAAGGAAUAUAUUGAUGCGCAUAACAAUAUAGGAAUGCUUGAGUUUGACCUUGAUAAUCUGGAAGAGGCUCGAAAAAUCUUAACUAAAGGAUUGGAGAUUUGCGACGAAGAAGAGGUAAUGGCAGAUGAUGAUGGGCGCAGCAGGCUCCAUCACAACCUUGGAAAUGUUUACAUGGAGCUAAGGAUGUGGGAUAAUGCUCGGGAACACAUUGAGAAGGACAUUAUGAUAUGUAAAAGAAUUGGCCAUUGCCAAGGGGAGGCAAAGGGCUACGUCAAUCUUGGUGAAUUGCAUUACCGUAUUCAGAAGUAUGAGGAAGCACUCCUUUGCUACCAAAAAGCACGUGAACUGGCAAAAUCAAUGGAAGAUGAGGAUGCUUUACUCAGGCAAAUUGAUCAAAAUAUUGAAAUUGUAAAUGAAGCCAUUAAAGUAAUGGAUGGGCUGAAGAAAGAAGAGCAGAAUCUCAAAAAGCUAACAAGAGACAUGGCCAUUACAAGAGGCACACCGCGUGAGAGGAAGUGUCUGCUGCAGCAAAAUGCUUCUCUUGAUUGCCUCAUCGAGAAAUCAAGGACAAUCUUUGCCUGGCUGAAGCUCCUUGAAUUUGCGAAAAGGAAGAAGAUAAUAGCGAGUGAGCUUUGUGACCAAGAAAAGCUGAGUGAUUCUCUUUUGGUUAUUGGAGAAUCAUACCAGAAGCUAAGAAAGUUCAAGAAAGCCCUUAAGUGGUACAUGAAGAGUUGGGAAAUAUACAAGUCAAUUGGUAAUUUGGAGGGGCAAGCGUUAACAAAAAUUAAUGUAGGUGAUGUUUUGGACAGUGAUAAUAAUUGGGAAGGAGCACUAGAUGCAUUUGAAGAGAGUUACAGGCUUGCGGUUGAGGCGAACCUUCCUUCUGUACAGCUUAUGGCGCUAGAGAAUAUGCACUACAGCCACAUGAUAAGAUUUGACAAUGUUGAAGAGGCCAGGAGAUUGCAGCAUCGAAUCGACAAAUUGAAGCAAUCAAAAUAUACAGAUCUUCAAACAAAAAAUGUGGCAGAGGAUCACUGCUCUGAAUCUGAUACAGAAGGGAGUGGUCAUCUUGUGGAAGAGUUAAACGAUGAGGAACCUAUAAUUUCUCUUAUCUCUUCGACCAAAGCUUCACCCAAGACAGUCGUUGGCCGUAAACGCGUUCGUCUAGUCCUUUCUGAUGAUGAAGAUGAAAUGUAUGAUGAGGUACAAUGCUCAAAAAGCUGGUCUAAGAAACUCCCAUUAGAAGAUGUUGCUACAUCUGAUGAACUGAAGAUUAAAAGAAAUACAGCCAGCCCUGCUCGUAAAUUUCAGGAUGUCUCAUCCUAUACCUCAAAUUGUACCACAAGGUCUUGCAAUCCUGUUAAUAUUGAACAAAGCUCUAGUUCAUGCAAAUCCAGGACUCUUAAUGUGGUCACUCAAAAUGGCAGAGGUUUUAGAGCUUCAAGCUCCGAAGAAGGUUCCAUUGCUGCUAGUGGCUCUAAAUGUGAUAUCGGUUUCCCUGAAAAUCUAGUUAAUAAGAAUCACGGUGCCCAUCUUAUUUUUCUUACCUCUGAUGAUGAAAACAAUCAAUGCAUUACAGUCAAGAUUGACAAAGACCUAAUACAUUUGGAUAAUGGCUCAUUUAUGGAUUCUGAUAAGUUAAGCAUUGAGUCUGUCAAGGUUGAACUGGCGUGCUUAUACUACUUGCGACUUCCAAUGGAAAGAAGAUCAGAAGGGCUACUUCCAAUAAUACAGAAUAUAAAAUGUGGUGAAAGUGUCAUACAAUCCAUGGAAACAUUUCAAAAGUUUAAGCAGGAUAUGGGGAAAGUCUUGGUUGAAGCUUUCAUUGAUGGAUGGGUCCAAAAGCGCUUGAUAAAACUGUACACUGAUUGCUGCUACAAGUUAUCUGAGACACCUAAUAUGAAAUUGCUUAAGAAACUGUAUGAUCUGGAGUUUUCAGAUGAUGAAGUUACUGUGUCUGAAUGUGAAUUGCAAGAUUUAUCAAUAGCUCCAUUGUUGAAUGCCCUGUAUGCCCACAAAACAUUUGCAAUGCUGGACCUUUCUCACAAUUUGUUAGGGAAUGGUACAAUGGAGAAACUGCAGCAUGUUCUCACAUCAUCAGGCCAAAAUUAUGGUGGGUUAACGUUGGAUUUGCACAGCAACCUAUUUGGUCCAACUUCUUUGUUUCAGAUUUGUGAAUGCCCUUUGCUAUUUUCUCGAUUGGAAGUGCUCAAUAUCUCUGGAAACCGUCUCACUGAUGCAUGUGCCUCUUACCUUUCAACUAUCUUGGAAAAUUGCAAGGCUCUUUGCAGCUUGAGUAUAGAGCGGUGUUCUAUCACAUCUAGAACAAUUCAGAAGGUUUCUGAUGCAUUGAAUGCUUCUUCUGUGCUCGAGCAACUUUGUAUAGGACAUAACAACCCAAUUUCUGGAAGUACCAUCACUGAUUUACUUUCCAAGCUUGGCACUCUGAAAAGAUUUUCAAAAUUAAAUCUGAAUGGUUUGAAGCUAAGCAAGUCUGUAGUUGAUAGCCUUUGCCAGCUUGCUGCAACCUUGCCCUUCUCAGUAUUAAGUCUUGGGGAAACUGGUAUUGGAAUUGAUGGGGCAUUAAGAUUAACCGAGUCAUUGUUCAAUGGAACUGCAGAGUUUCUAAAAUUUGACUUAUCAUAUUGUGGCGUGACAUCUAAUUACGUUCUCAAACUAAGCACUGUUUCUUCUAUGAUUUGUGGCAUUCUUGAGCUGAACCUUUCCGGAAAUCCUAUUAUGCAGGAGGGUAGCCUUGCAUUAUCAUCAAUGCUUUUGAAUUCUCAAUGUUGUCUGAAACUUUUGGUCCUUCAAAAGUGCCAGCUUGGGACUGCUGGAGUUCUUCGAAUAAUGCAGGCAUUAUCAGGUAAUGGUUUUCUCGAAGAGUUGAAUCUAGCUGAUAAUGCCAAUCUUGAUAGACAGAACUCUGCUCAACCGGGGUCAUGCAAUGUGAAUGCCGGCUUAGAUGGGCUUGAAGUUGAUGAUAGUGAAGAUGAUGAAGUAAAAGCUGCUGCAUCUGGACUUGAUGACAACCACACAAGACCGUGCCAAAGAAAUUCCUCAUCUUCUGGAUGUCAGUUUAUUCAAGGGCUUUCAAGUGCCAUUGAUAUGGCAAAGAAUUUGCGAUUACUGGACCUUAGCAAUAAUGGUUUCUCCACACAAGACGCAGAUAUACUGUAUUCUUCAUGGUCAAGAUCAAGAUUUGGUUCAGCUCAGAGGCAUAUAAAGGACCAGAUCAUCCAUUUAUUUGUGGAAGGAAUCAAGUGUUGCGUGAAACCCUGCUGCAGAAAGGACUAG